AUGAAAAGCUGUGUGAACGUUAUUUGCUCCGACAAAACCGGUACUAUGACACGAAACGAAAUGACCGUUACUUUGGCAGUCACUGCCAACCUUGAACAGGUUGCCUUUGAGCCAGUUCACUCUAACUCUACAAUAUUUUCAAAAAACUCUCACAUUGCCAUCUCAGACUCGGCCUCCAAUUUAGGCCAUAUCGGCGCCUCACCCUCAGCUUCUUCAAAAUCUUCAUCACAUUCCCUCUCAUCUUACAGAAAUGAUAAUCUUACCACAAUGUUCAGAUCUGUGUCGAACAAAGGGCCGCCCUAUAAAAGUUUGGAGAAUGAAGACAUUUCAGCUGGCCAAGAUUAUAGCCUGGGAGCAUAUUCUCCGGAAGUUUUGAAGCUUAUUGAGGUUAGUUGCGAUCUCGUGCACGGCAAUUGA